GUUGAUACAAAGCGACAACCUACUGCAACAGCUGAUAUGGGAAAAUUCCAUGGAAAAAAGUAACUAAAUUUAGCUCUACACUUUAUAAGAAUUUCAACAGAAGUAUGGGAUCUAUAGAACAAUAUAAACAGAUAUGGUGUAAUGCAGACGUUGUGUGUUUUGAUGUUGAUUCUACAGUUAUCAAGGAUGAAGGUUUAGAUGAACUUGCAGAAUUUUGUGGUGUUGGUAAACAAGUUAAAGAGUGGACAAAUAAAGCAAUGGGAGGAAGUAUGAGAUUUAGAACAGCAUUAGAAAAGAGGUUAGAUAUUAUACAGCCCACCAUGGACCAGGUAACAAAGUUCAGAGAGACACAAUCUAUCAGGUUCUCUGACGGUCUAGAAGAACUUGUAAAGUUGCUACAUGAACGAGGAACAAAGGUGUAUUUGGUAUCAGGUGGAUUUAGAAGUAUAAUAGAACCAGCAGCCAAGUUGUUACAUAUACCAUACACAAAUAUCUUUGCCAACAGGCUCAAAUUCUUUUAUAAUGGAGAUUAUGCAGGGUUUGAUACAGGAGAGCCUACCAGUGAUUCAGGAGGUAAAAAACUGGUAGCCGAGAAACUAAAACAAACCAGUAAAAACCUCGUGUUUAUUGGAGAUGGGGCAACAGAUCUUGAAGCUUAUCCACCAGCUGAUUUAUUUAUAGGUUAUGGGGGAAAUGUUCAGAGAGAAAAAGUGAAACAGAAUGCUCCGUGGUUUGUUACAGAUUUUCAGGAUCUUAUUCAACCAUUACAAGGCUCCAGAUAAUGUUAACUUUUAUAUAGGAAUUAUUUUUCUUUACAGAUGCAAUAUAUUUUACGAAAAUUUUAUGUCAGUCAGUCAGUAUUAAACUUUGGAUAUAUAAUGUACAAUAAUAGUUCAUGUAUGAGGUUUAUCAUACAUUGUCUAGUACAAUACUGAAGUUCUUUUGCUGUAACACCUAUAUUGGAUGUGGCACAAGUCAUGUCCAAUACAGGUUUUGCAGUUGUGUACUGGUCCAAUAAAAUCACUUGAGUAAUGUACUUAACAAUGUUUAAUGAUAUCUUUUAUUUCACACCAACAAUUAAAUAUUUUAUACUGCCUGUUUUUACUUUCAAGGUUGUGUUGUUGGGUUUUUUUGUGUUUUGGUGAAUAAAAUUAUUAAUUCUGUUAUCAUUUAAUAUUUGGACAGAACUUUGUUAACUUUAAUAAAGCUUUCUUGCGGACAACAUCCAAUCCAUUGUUAAAACAGAACAAAUAUGUUAAGAGAGAUAACUUUUACAAGAAUGAUUCCAACCACUGGUAGAGUUACUUCAAAUACAAUAUUGUUUUGAUACGGAUUUAUUUUUGGACUAAAAAAAAAGGCUAGAUGAAGUACAAUAUGAAUUUGAAAGGGAUUUAUCAGACUUUGAAAAUGAGAACAAGGUUAAAUUGACCACAUUGGAUCCAAUGAUUUAAAUCCAAAAUUUAUAUGGUGCAAAUGGUACAAAAUAAGUUCACAACAAAAUACAAGUGCUUUAUUAUUUUAAUGGUGAUGGACAGAAUUUUAUACGUGCUUGAUGGGGGUAAAAUAUUGAAUUAUAAUAAUUUACUGUCAUUGAUUGUAAAGUUCCAAUAUUUUCAUAAAUUAGACAAUUUAUUUUUAUAUUUUUCAGUAAUGAACUUGCUGGCAGUCAUUUAAUUUGAAAAUGCAUUUUUAAUUAUGAGCAAAAUAUUGUAUUGUUCAAUGUAAAUUUGAGA